AUGUUCGGCCCUUUCAAAGCUUCCAAUACACUGCUGGGUGGACUGCUAUGGAAGAUUCCUUGGAAGAUGUCUCGUCCCCAGAAACAGAGACAGAGGCACAGACUCCAGGAUGUGGAUUCCGUCCUUAAGAACUUGAACCUGGGACUUCAUACCACAAGGAAAAUGGCCCAAGGAGUUUCAUAUGAAAAUGCAGUAAACAGCCCCAAACUGCUGAAACCAGGUGUUAAACAGCUACGGUUGUUGAACAAAAAUUCUCUUUUUCCGUCAGAGAAGCAAAUGUCCUACAGGGACAAAUACACUUAUUUCAACAAACAGGCCAGUGGAUACCGCAAAGGAACCCAUAAGCUGCCCAAAUGGACCAAGAUCUCGCAGAGAAGAAACCCACAUUUCUUUUGA